AUGGCAGACCGUGCGGUAGACAGAAAAUAUUCUUUUAUUGAUGAAUUAACAUCAGCAUUAGUAUCUUUACCAUCCUAUGAAAAUGAUUUAACACAGAAAUCUGAUGAACCUGCUGUUUUUGAUGAGGAACAAGAAUCAUCAUAUGGUUUAAUAAAUUUAAUACGACGAAACUCUCUGUUAGAUGAAGCAACAAUAGACACUACUAAUACCACUGAAAUAGAUGAUUCACCGAAUUCAUAUCCAAUUGAUGAUUCUAGUGAUGAUACAACUAAAUCAACACCAAUAACUACAAAAAUCAAUAGUAUAGAUGAAAGUCUUAAUCGUGAUGAUGCUGAAGAAGUAACUAUGAAGCUGCUUCGAACUCCAAUUAAACACGUAUUUAUAUUAAGUGAAAAUGGCAAACCAGUAUUUACAAGAUAUGGUGAUGAAGAUCAAUUAGUAACUUUAACUGCUGUUAUGGAAACACUUGUUUCAUUUGCUGAAAUAACACAAUCAAGUCAAUUAAAUUACUUAAAAGCUGGACGUUGUCGUAUUGCAUUUUUACAUAAAGAACCAUUAAUAUUCGUUUUAGUAACACAUAAAAACGAACAUUCAAUAUGUCUUCUUCAACAAUUAACAUAUAUAUAUCAUCAAAUAAUAAGUACAUUAACAUUAAGUCGUAUAAAACAAAAAUUUAUACAUCAACCGAAUUUUGAUUUACGUCGUUGGUUAUCUAAUGCAGAAAAAAAAUUAUUAAAUAAUAUUAUGGAUAUGUACGAACAUGAUUUAGGUAUGCUUAUGACAUCAGCUAGAUGUUUAAUUUUACCAGCAGGUACACGAAAUCAAAUUGGACAUACAAUUGCACAAACAAUACGAGGACAAAAAGAUAUGAUAUUUGCAAUCACACUUGCUCAUGGUUAUUUAGUUACAAUAGCACGUUUAAGAAAUUAUCAUUUACAUCCAUCUGAUUUAUAUUUACUUAUUAAUCUUGUUAAUAGCUCUGAUGCAUUUAAAGGUGUUGAAUCAUGGGUACCUGUAUGUUUACCACGAUUUGAUACAAGUGGUUGUCUUCAUGCACAUAUAUCAUAUUUAGAUGAUACUUGUGAUGUAUGUCUUGUUUUAUUAACAGUAAAUCCUGAACAUUUUCAAAUUCUUUCGAAUUUUAAACAGACGAUUUAUGAAAAAUUAAACAAAUCAAAUUUAAUUCCACAAAUCAAACUUGCAUUAGACAAAGAUCGUCUUUUAUCGGAUGAAAUAGCUUGCAAUGAUUUACGAUAUUUUGCUUAUAAAUCACGUGGUUUAAGUCAAUAUACAUCAUCAAAAUUAUUAAAACCUUAUAUUACGAAUGAAGAACAUGUUCGAUUAUUUGAAGCAAUUCGUUUUGUUUUUGCUCGUCUUCAUGAUCCAAAUCAUCAAUUAAAAAUUGUUUACUAUAAAACAGAAUAUGAAUCAUUACUUGGAUGGUUAGCGCCAGGAUUUGAACUACAUGUUGUAUUUUCACCACUUGUUUCAUUAGAAACAGUUAUUCUAUGUGCGGAUCGAAUAUUAUCGUAUAUAAGACGUGAAGAAAGUCAGUUAUUUAUAUUGAGAUGCGAAUAUUUUUGA